AACGAUUUCGUAGAAUUUUGUGAUUUAGGCGACCAGAAAUCAGUUAAUACUCGGUUUGAGAUGGCGAUGAGGCGAUGAGAUCAUUGCCUUUUCGGUCGAAUCUAGCAGAGCGGCGAGCAACCCCCACCCACUUUGACUCCGAUCCUCCCCGCCCCCAGCGCGAUAGCCCAUCCGAUCCCAAAUUCCGGCGAGAUGGCGGUCAGCCUGUGGCGCGCGGUGAUGGGCGCGGCCGGCGGCGGCGGCUCCUCGUCGUCGUCCGCGGCCGGCGGCGACGCGGGGGGCGGCGUGGAGUUCUGGCACGGCGGGGAGCGCACGGGGUGGCUGAACAAGCAGGGGGAGUACAUCAAGACGUGGCGGCGGCGGUGGUUCGUGCUCAAGCAGGGGCGGCUGUUCUGGUUCAAGGACGCCGCCGUGACGCGCGGCUCGGUGCCCCGCGGCGUCAUCCCCGUCGCCACCUGCCUCACCGUCAAGGGCGCCGAGGACGUCAUCAACCGCCAGUUCGCCUUCGAGCUCUCCACCCCGACCGACACCAUGUACUUCAUCGCCGACUCCGAGAAAGAGAAGGAAGAGUGGAUCAAUUCCAUCGGCCGAUCCAUUGUUCAGCACUCCCGCUCCGUCACCGACGCCGAGGUCGUCGACUACGACAGCCGCCCCAACUCCAAGCCCCCACCGCAGCCGAAGACGAGCGAAGAGAGUGAACCGUCAGCGUAAGAUAGCGGUGAUCUCUGGCUCUCAAUAUGCAUAUCUAUUGUAUGAUUUUAUCUACUCAAGUAGUAGUAAUUGUGAAUUUUUAGUUUUUGUUUUCUUCUCUUGGUUAAUUAUAUGUAUAUUAUUGACUGCUACCUGAGAAUAAGUUCAAGGUUUUGCCGUGUGGCUAGUUCUUUUACAUUAUGGAUUAGUUGCAACAGCAUAAUUCGGUUGGUGUUUACUUGUUUCAUCCUGUAUGAAGUUACUGGCUUGGAUCAUCGGUGCUGCGAAAAAUUUUAAGCACUCAGUUCUUUAA